AUGAGCCGACACUACUUCAACCCACCUGAUCACGACACCACCUUUUCCACACCGCUGCAAGCUAUGUAUUGGAACGGAGUUUACUAUCCUAACUGGCGCAUCUAUCGCGAUCAGCCACCUGUAUCGCUGAACUACGAUGUCAUUUCGCAUGUCUUCUACGCCUUUGCCUGGGUAAAAGACGAUGGAACUGUAUAUCUAAGUGAUGAAUGGGCGGAUGCUCAAAUCGAUGUCCCAGGCACUGACGACAUUCCUGCAGCAAAAGGAUGUCUUAACUCUUUCGCCCUGUUGAAGCGAAAGUAUACCCGACUACGGGUUGUGCUAUCUGUUGGCGGCGGUGGGAAAGGCAGUGAGCCUUUUGCGGGUGUUGCUAGAGACCCUGCCUGCCGUGAGCGUUUUGCUCAGACAUCAUUGGCAUUGGUACAACAAUUUGGUAUCGAUGGCAUCGACAUCGACUGGGAACACCCUGCAGAUGCCAGCCAAGGCAGGGAUUACAUUGCUCUUCUGGCCACACUCCGUCAGUACUUGCCGGCGCCCCAAUACACCCUCUCCUCAGCACUUCCAGCAGGCGAAUGGGCCCUUCAGCAUAUCAACCUGGCGCACGCUUCGCAUUAUCUGGACAUGAUCAACCUCAUGGCUUAUGACUACAGCGGGCCUUGGGUGAAAAAGUGUGGUCAUCAAGCUCAACUAUUCACACCACACAUUCCGCACAGUCCCGAAGCCGCAAUAUCCUGCCACUCAGCUGUCUCCUACAUGAUGCAGCAAGGUGUCCCAAGACACAAGAUCGUCAUGGGUGUGCCAGCAUACGGCCGAAGUUUCACCGGAACCCGUGGUAUAGGUCACUCGUUCUCCGGACAAGCAGGAGAGGAGGGCACCUUCGAGUACCGAGACUUGCCCCGUCCGGGUGCGGAAGAGCACGUAGACGAGCAGCUGGGCGCAGCCUACUGUAUUGGUGGUGACGGAGGGCUAGUCACAUACGAUACCCCGCAAACUGUCAGAAUGAAGGCCAACUAUGUGCGACAAAACGGACUAGGUGGACUCUUCUAUUGGACCGGUACAGGCGACGCAAGCUCCCUCACUCAGAAGGAUCGCAGUCUGGUGUAUAAUGGCUUCCUAGCUGACUACGAUCCCAUCGACCAUCUCAACGCCCUCUUCUCCCACCCCGCCACGCUCUCUUCCGUCUCUGCCACCUCCGACGCCCUUCGCAACUACCAGGAUGACCUUGACCAAGACAUUGCCGGCGUUGUCGCCUCCCAGUCUAGCUCAGACGCCGACAGCGUCCAGCGUAUACAGGCUGCAAAGGCAGAGCUGGCUGAUCUCUUCAAGAAGAUUGAGAGCGUCCGGGAGCGGGCCAUGCAGACCGAACAGACCAUCACCGAGAUGACUGCAGACAUCAAGCGUUUGGAUAGCACAAAGAAGAACCUGACGCUCUCUAUGACGGCGUUGAAGCGACUCCAGAUGUUGACGACGGCCUACGAACAAUUACGGAGUCUGAGCAAGUCGCGACAGUACAGGGAAUGCGCACAACUGUUGCAGGCUGUGAUACAACUUGUGGCACACUUCAAGAGUUAUCGCUCUAUAGACCAGAUUGCGACCUUGAGUCGCAAUGUGGCGGACGUGCAGGGCGAAUUGCUGGAGCAGGUCUGCGAGGAUUUCGAGGUGACAUUCGCCAAGGGGGAAACGGCGUCACGAAAGGCCAUGCUCGCGGAAGCCUGUCUGGUUAUCGAUGCGCUCGGGGAACAUGCUCGCACCCGGCUCAUCAACUGGUAUUGCAACACGCAGCUGCGCGAGUAUCGCCAGGUCUUCCGGGGCAACGAUGAAGCUGGAUCAUUAGACAAUAUUGGACGAAGAUACAGCUGGUUCAACCGGAUGAUGAAGACAUACGACGUCGAACAUGCCUCCAUCUUCCCGGCCUAUUGGCGGGUGAAUGAGAUGCUGGCCAACUCGUUUUGCGAAGGAACCCGUGAAGACUUCAAGUCCAUAUUACAAAAGUCUGUGCGGAGAGGCGAUGGGCAGAGUUUGGAUGUCGAACUGCUUCUUUCGUGCUUGCAGGAGACACUUGACUUUGAACACAGUUUAGAAAGGCGGUUCGCUAAUGAGUCUCGCUCUUCAAUGGACACAGUAGCCUCCAAGGACGACCGACCGCAUGGCUUUAGUCAGGCCAUCUCCGAGGCUUUUGAACCCUACAUGAGCCUCUGGGUCGAAUCCCAAGACAAGCAACUCGCCAAUCUCAUACCAAAGUACCGGCAACAACCCCUCCGAAACCCAGAAGAGGAUUUCUCCCCUCAAGCUGUGAUACCCUCAUCAACAGAGCUGUUCCAAUUCUAUCGUUUGACGUUGGCACAGUGCGCUAAGCUUUCGACUGGAACGAGGUUACAGGAGCUAUCCAUGACCUUUGCCAAGUACCUGGAUCAGUACGGGCAACAGGUGCUCUACUACUUUCUUAGCGAGAAAGCAGGAGCUCAAGGACCUUCCGUCGAAGACGCUGUCCUCAUCCUCAACACUGCAGAUUAUUGCUAUAUGACCUGCAACCAACUGGAGGAGAAGAUCAGAGGCCGCAUAGACGAGGACUUUAAGGAAAAGGUUGAUUUGCAGAGUCAGGCUGAUGCCUUCAUGGGUAUCGCUAGUGCCACAGUCCGAAUGCUCGUUCGAAAAGUCGAGAUGGCGUGCGAACCUAGCUGGAGGGAGAUGCGAAACACACCUUGGGCAAAGCUCGAGAGUGUUGGCGACCAAAGUAGUUAUGUGGCUGAACUUUUGCGUAGCGUAAAGGAAAGAUCUGGAGAGAUCCUGAAGCAUCUCCACAAGCAGCAGUAUGCGCGAGCUUUCAGCGACAACCUUGUCGAUCUUAUGGCUUCCACGUACAUUGCGAACAUAAUGCAGUGCAAGCCAAUCUCCGAAGUUGGAGCGGAGCAGAUGCUGCUGGAUUCCUACGUGCUAAAGAAGGGUUUCACGGAGCUCCCUACCCUCAAUGAGGAGCCUGGUACAGCGCCACCAGCAAGCUUCAUCAAACGCGUAAAUCAGUCCAUGUCCAAGAUCGAUCCUCUUCUCAAAACGUUGCAAGUUCGUCCUUCGCCGCCAGAAGCCCUCGUGCAAGCCUACCUUAUCCAUAUUGCCGACAAAUCCGACACCAACUUCCGCAAGAUUCUUGAUCUCAAGGGCAUCCGCAAGGCUGAGCAAACUCAGCUUCUCGACCUCUUCUCUGCCUUUCGUGCAUCGCCCAACCACGAAAACCUCGUGCAGAACUCGCCUUUCCUUACGCCACUGCAGAUUCAGACAGCAGGUAGCGUUGGAAGUACGGCAGGAAGCGUCAUGGGCACGAUGGGAACGCCGAGUCUUGGUGGGGGCAGAUUCGACGCAGCAGGCUUGGGUAACAUGCUCGUCAAUGCUGCAAGGGAUGGUGUUGAUCGAUUCGGUAGUCCUGCGCCGGGCCAGCAGCAGGCCGGAGGUGCGGAUGGAGGUGCGAACCUGGAGAGUAAUUUGAAGAAUAUUGGCAAGUUCUUCAGGAGGGAUGUGGGAGGGUUCAGAGGAUUUGGACGGAGUGAGGACGGACGAUAG